AUGAUUCCCCCAAAAAAAUCUAUAACUCCAAAUAAUAUAUUAACAAAAGAAGUUUUAUUAUCACAAGCUACAUCAUCAUGGGAAAGAUUUGUUAUUAAAUCAAAAUGGUUUUUAAUUAAAGGUUAUAGACCUUUCAAUAUUGAUGAAAUUAGUGCAUUUUUUUCUUGGUUUAUCCUUAGUCAUAUUCUUUGGAUUAUAUUAGGAACAACUACUUUUUUUUCAUUAUUAUUUUAUGGAUUAAAUUCAUUAUUUGCAAAAGAAUUAGUUGGGAAAGUUAUGGGGAAAUUUAUAACUUAUUUAAAUCCAAGUUUUGAAAUUAAAUUUAAAGAUGCAGUUGUUCCCGAGUGGGAAGAUGGUAUGAUUGAUUUUAAAAAAGUUAUUAUUAAAACUGUUGAUGAUUCUGGAUUAAAAUUAGAUUUAAAAUUAGAUCACUUAAAAUUAACUUUAUCUUUCAAUAAAUGGUAUAAUCAAAAAGGUAUAAUUGAUAAAGUGGAAAUUCAUGGUAUGACUGGAAUUAUUGAUAGAUCUGAUUAUUUAGAAGGUGAUGAUGGAAAAAAUGAAAUUGAUUGGUUUAAUAAUGAAGAUUAUGAAUUAAGUGGAUUAAAAAUUGUUGAUUCAUUUUUUAAAGUUUUACCAAAAGGUUUUACUUCAGAAAAUAAUAUAAAACCAUUAGAAUUUGCCAUAUAUAGUUGUGAAAUCCCAAAAAUUAGAAUAAAAUGGUUAUUAGCUGAUUUUUUCAAUGCAAGUUCAAUAACAGGUUCAGUUAAUGAUUCAUUAUUUGCCAUACAUAAAAGACAACAUAAAUAUGCAUAUGUUAGUGAUAUUGAAGAUGAUUUAAAUCCAUGGAAACGUAUAACAAGAAUAAGAUUAGAUCCUUUAGAUGUUGAUGUUUUAGGUUUAACAAGUUCACAAUUUAAUUGGAUUGUUGAUGGUAAAGCUGAUAUAACAUGUGAUAUUAUGUCCCCCGUUGAGGAAGAUGAUGGUUCUUUAUCAUCAAAUUAUAUUGUUAUUGAUUUUAAAAUUCAAUUUAAUGAUUUAAAAGCCAAGUAUCCAAUUGAAGAACCAAUGACAUCAAAUGGAGAAAAAUUAAUUUCAUUAAAAGAUUUAAAACCAAUUAUAUCAUAUGUUAAUAAUAAAAGAUUAGAAAGUUUUGAAAAAAUGGAAACAAAUUUUGAAUUACCAUCAUUAAAUUUUAGAAUUGUUAAAAAAAUUAAUGAAUUAGAAAAAAUUUCAACAUUAAGUGAAUCAAAUUUUUUAGAUUUAAUUUCAAAUGAAAUUUAUAUUGAUUGGUUAAAACAUGUUCAUGAAUAUGAAAUUGAGCAAAGAAAUAAAAGAAUUGCACAAUGGUCUAAAUCAUUUGCUUCACAAUUAUUAGUUGUUGGAAUUGGAGCGAUGGUAUGA